AUGGUUGUCAUGUUCACUGCUAUGGCCCCUGGAAGAGGCUGUCAGAUCUGUCGGGAAGUCAUGGAUGAGUACCAGAUUGUUGCCAAUUCGUGGAGGUUCUCCAAUGCAUACAGCAAUUCGGAACUGUUCUUCGCCUCCGUAGAUUUUGACGAAGGAUCAGAGGUUUUCCAGCUGAUGAAUUUGAACUCUGCGCCAGUCAUCAUCCAUUUCCCCCCAAAAGGAAAGCGGAAGGGCGAUGACACGUUUGAAAUUCAGAAGUACGGUUUCAGUGCGGAGGCCAUAUCCAAAUGGGCCAUGGAGCGCACUGGUAUCGCCAUCCGCAUCUUCAGACCCCCCAACUACUCGGGCACCAUUGCAAUGAGUCUGCUUUUCAUCAUAGUGGCCGGAAUUCUGUUCAUGAAGAGAAAUAACUUAGAGUUCAUCUACAAUAGCACUGUAAGCCAUCAGUCAAGUAUUAUGAGUACGCUCAACGAAGAGGCAGAACAAAUGUGGGGCGUGAUCUGUUUGAUGGCAAUAUUCGCCAUGACAAGUGGGCAAAUGUGGAAUCAUAUGCGUGGACCCCCUUUCGCCCACAGGAACCCUCAGUCGGGCCAGGUGAGCUACAUUCACGGAAGCAGCCAGGGACAGUUCAUAGCCGAGUCUCACCUUAUCCUCGUGUUGCACGGACUGGUCACUGCAGGAUUCAUAUUCCUCAUUAACGCUGGCUCAUCCUCAGUCUCUAGUCCUGCAUCGGCCAAAGAUGUCCCGGAAAAGGCGGCAGAGACCCAGACGCAGGCAGCUGGAAGUAAGCACGCUUCCUCAACUUCCGCUGCAGCGGGAGGAAACACAGUGCAAGACGCUGGAAAACGUAGAGUGAUGGUGAUAGGUCAGAAUAGUAUGGCGAUGUAG